GGGAUUGUGGGAUGAAGUCUUGAAACGACAACAAACCCUCCAUGCUCUCUGUGUUUGUGUGUUAAACUGAUUGAGUUACAUGAUAUUUAUGGUCUUUUAGUGAUAAAAUCUCAGCAGGGAGACAUAAAGAUGGAGAAUGUGCAUCUGGCUGUGGAGGAGGAGGAUCUUUAUUCGGGUUAUAACGACUAUAAUCCAACAUUUGACUCAGAGGAGUUGGAGAAUGAUGUAGGCUUCCAGCAAGCAGUGAGGACAAGUCAUGGAAGAAGACCUCCGAUGACUGCCAAAUUUCCUGGCACUGCCAUUGGAGCUCGACCUUUAGCUACUUCCUUUGGAGCUCGGAUCCCGAUGGCCUCUUCAAUGGGCAGACCCAUGACUGGAGCUGUGCAGGAUGGAGCCGCCCGACCGAUGACUGCUGUCAAAGCAGCUGGUUACAGUUCCUCCAUGACCCGUGGCUCGACCUUUGACCCUCUGGGUCAGUCCAAAGGUCCUGCACCUCAACUUGAAACAAAGAAUGAAGACACGCCUGAGGAGAAGAUCAAGAUCCUGGAGAAGAAAGUGAAUGACCUGAUAGAAGAGAGCUGCAUGGCUCAGAGCAUCGGAGCCUUACAGCUGGCUCUGGAAAAAGGUAAAGAGGCCGGGAGGAAGGAGAGGACGCUGGUGAGACAGAGGGAACAGUCUGGCAACGGAGAACACAUCACUUUAGACCUCACCUACUCUGUUUUGCUCAACCUUGCCAACCAGUAUGCGAAUAAUGAAAUGUACCCAGAGGCCCUAAACAGCUACCAGGUCAUCGUGAAGAACAAGAUGUUCAGUAACGCAGGCCGCCUGAAAGUCAACAUGGCCAACAUCUACGUCAAACAGAAGAGCUACCCCAAAGCCAUCAAGUUCUACCGAAUGGCCCUGGAUCAGAUCUCCAACGCCAACAAGGAAGUGAGGAUCAAGAUCAUGCAGAACAUCGGCGUGGUCUUUGUCCGCAUGGGCCAGUACUCGGACGCCAUAACGUCCUUCGAGCACAUCAUGAGCGAGAGCCCCAACAUCAAGACGGGCUUCAACCUCAUCCUGUGCUACUACGCCAUCGGAGACAGGGAGAGGAUGAAGAAGGCCUUUCAGAAGCUCAUCUCUGUUCCUCUGGGCAUCGACGACGAAGACAAGUACAUCCCGUCUAAUGAUGACACCGACUCAAACCUGGUCAUCGAGGCCAUUAAGAACGACAAACUUCACCAGAUGGAGAGAGAUCUAAAAGUCCUGGCUGAGAAGUACAUUAUGACCGCAGCCAAGCUCAUCGCUCCGGCCAUUGAGACUUCUUUUGCUACCGGAUUUGACUGGUGUGUUGACAUGGUGAAGAGCUCUCAGUAUGUUGAGCUCGCCAACGACCUGGAGAUAAACAAAGCGAUCACCUACCUCCGACAGAAGGACUUCAAUCAGGUUGAGGCCGUGGAGACUCUGAAGACAUUUGAGAAGAAGGACAGCAGAGUGAAGAGCGCUGCAGCCACCAACCUCUCUUUCCUCUACUUCCUGGAGAAGGACUAUGACCAGGCCGACCGAUACGCCGACCUCGCCAUGACCGCCGACCGCUACAACCCGGCAGCACUGAUCAACAAAGGCAACACGGUGUUCGUCAAGCAAGACUAUGAAAAGGCUGCGGAGUUCUACAAAGAAGCACUGAGGAAUGAUUCCUCCUGCACCGAGGCCCUCUACAACCUGGGUCUAACCUAUAAGAAGCUGAAUCGUCUGGAGGAGGCUCUGGACUGCUUCCUGAAGCUCCACGCCAUCCUGAGGAACAGCGCCCAGGUCAUGUACCAGCUGGCCAACCUCUAUGAGCUUCUGGAGGAUCCCCAACAGGCCAUCGAGUGGUUGAUCCAGGUCUUGAGUGUAACUCACACUGACCCCCAGGCGCUUGCCAAACUGGGGGAGCUCUACGAUGGCGAGGGGGACAAGUCCCAGGCUUUCCAGUACUACUACGAGUCCUUCAGGUACUUCCCCUCCAACAUCGAUGUGAUCGAGUGGCUCGGGGCGUACUACAUCGAGACGCAGUUUUGUGAGAAGGCCAUUCAGUACUUUGAAAGAGCCACACUUAUACAACCGACCCAGGUGAAGUGGCAGCUAAUGGUGGCGAGCUGCUACAGAAGAAGUGGAAACUACCAGAAAGCUCUGGAAACGUAUAAAGACAUUCACCGCAAGUUUCCAGAAAACGUGGAAUGCCUGCGUUUCUUGGUGAGGUUGUGCACAGAUAUGGGAUUGAAGGAAGUCCAAGAAUAUGCCACUAAGCUGAAGAAAGCGGAGAAGAUGAAGGAGAUCAGAGAACAGAGGGUGAAGUCGGGGCGGGAGGGCAGUGCCAGAGGUCGGAAAGAAGGCAGAGAGGGCAGCGCCGGGAGUGGUGCAGGCGUCUCCACACCUGUCCUCACCUCUCCUAAGAAGGCCGGCAUUAUGGAUGUGGAUGUUAAAGCAGUAUCUCAAUCUGAGUCCAAACAACUCAGUCCACUGUUGGACUCAGGGAGAGACAGCAGCCACAGCAGCAGCAGCACUAAAGGAGAACGGAUGAGCGCCAAGAUGAGGUCACUUCCUGGUUCCAAUGAGCCCUACGAGGCCAGCAGCCCGAAAGAAAUAGAUGCGUCCUACGUGGACCCUCUGGGGCCUCAGAUGGAGAGACCAAAGACGGGAGCCAAGAAGCGCGUGGAGGAUGAUGACUUUGCAGAUGAAGAGCUGGGAGACGACCUGCUGCCGUAGCAGCUGCCUCCACCUUCUGCCUUCACUGUGGUGUUCAGACAUUUGCUCUUUUGUCACCAAGAGGUCAUCACAAAACCAAAACACUUUACACUCUCUCUACUCUAAAAAAAAAUAAAUGUUACAGGAUAAAGACUUUAUUUUUCAUGAGCAUCUGAUAGAGUUUAUGAGUGGGACAUCUUUACCUCUAUCAGAUGCUUGAAACAGAUGAUUUUUUAAAGGUAAAUAUUUACUCAUAUCCAGAGGAAUGCCUGUACACAUGGAGUGAAGUUUCACAGUCUGGAUCUACUUGGACAGUUUUGUUUUGGCUCAGCAGUCCAGCACAAUUUAAAAUGAGUGAAAACAAACACAAUGAGGUUAAAGUGUUGACGUCUAACUUUCAUUUAAAUGUGUUUACAUUCAUAUCUGAUGUAGAAAUUAUAGACCUUUUUUGGACAAACUAUUCCUCCUGAGGGUAAACAAGUUCUUUACUGUGAACGCCCUCAAACACACGUCUGCAUUUUAACCUCACUGUCACCUUUUUCAUUUCAGUGUCGGGGCACCGAGCCAAUGAAAAACAUAUCGUAAGAUUUCUGUAUGUUUCCAUGUGUGAGAGUUCUGGGAACCGCUCUGGAAAAUCCAUCAACCUGUACAUGUACAACAACCUUAUGUAAUCCGUCCAUUUCAGGUGGUUACUUUUAACAUUUUGUACUUAUUCAAAACAUGUUUAUUUAUAGUAUAAUAUUUAUUUUUUCUUUCUUUCUUGUUCAUUUAUAUACAUCAAAUAUUGUAACUAUUCAAGAAAAGAGUCAUUGGAGUUUUUCUAGAAAGCUCACUGACAAUCUGAGUUAUUAAAGGGAAGUUUUUGAAGAUU